AUGACCGGUAAGGGUGUCACCAUUGAUAUCGGUAACACACCUGUAAAACACGGUGUUCAAAAGGAACAUGACAAUAAAUACUACUACGAUGAUGAGCAUAGAGAAAGGGCAGAAAUGACCCUAGUUGAACACCCUUCUGAGGCUCCUGGAUACAAAAAAUUAGAGCACAAACCAAAAGGUAAUAAUGCAAAGAUUCUCCGUAUUGAUAAUGUUGGAGGUACAAGAACCGAAUUCAACAAUGAUCUUGAUGACUGUAAAAUUGUAAUUGUCUAUUAUUGGUCAGGGGAUGGAGACUAUACUGACCCACUAGUUGUACAACUUAGCGGUGAACAAGACAAAUACUACACAGAUACUGGUAGUAAGUGGACUAAUGCCGAUAUAAAAUCUGAUGAUCUACUAAAAACUCUAGAUGAACAAAACUGUCUGCGUAUGGCUCACAUUAUAGACAUUUCACAGAAUCCUAGCAGUAGCACUACUACUUAUUAUUGUCCUGCUUGUCAUAAACAAGAAGCUAUUUCAAUAAGUUCUUUGGACAAAGAUAACUAUAAAAGAGUCAGUCAUAGUCCUGACGAGUCGAAAUCUUUUGGUGAAAAAUAUCGAUUGUUAGAUAUUUCUUAUUUUAGAGAUAUAUUCUCUAAAAUACACCAUCUUAGGCUCUUUAACUACGAUGAAUAG